AUGCAUUGGGAUCUGCAAAGAGGAGCUGUCUGCUCAAUGGUGCUUGUUAUUGCUUGUUUCCUUUUCGCCGUAAGGAGUGCUGCUGCAAUCUCUGCUACAGUUAGUGAUGACAACAAAAUCAUCGUGUCACUCCAGCCAUCUGAUGUGACGAAUGGAUCUUCUCUGUACUAUGUGAAGAUAACACAGUCUGUUAACCUGACUAAUUAUAAACUGCAGUUCAAAGACUUCAACAGUACGCUCCCUCCUCCUGUGGUCUUCAAUGCUUCUUACCAUGGGAUCUACUACUUAGUGACCCUACUGACUGGCAACUCAAAAUCAACCGUUAAGCCAGUACAUUUAGUUGCUGUACUAACAAAACCACUCCCAGUCAACAGUGUGGCUGUAUACGACUACAAACAAUCCCCACAAACUGGAGUUCUGUUUGACAUUCAAUACCCAAAGCAGACCACUAACUUUUUCUCAAGAUUAAAAUUAAGUUACUUGGAAGGCAGUUAUUAUCGAACAUCACUCCACAAAGAUUUUCUGAAGGGCAAGUUAAUUUUCAACACUUGGCUACCUGGAACAUGCUACAGUAACAUUACAUUCCAACUGGUGGCAGAGGCAAAUGUCAAUCAAGUUCCAUUAAUGGAGUACAGUGCCAUUAGCCAUGAGCCAAAACAUCAUCGAACAGUACCCUACCCCCCCAGUAAUGUGUCAAUGAAGAUUGUGUACAAGAGACAUCAGUCUGUCAGUGAAAUUCAUGCUGGUCAUGAACGUUAUUCUCUCAACGCGACUAAAACUGCCGAUGAGCGAAGCAAUGCAAUUGAUACCGAGAUCAGUGACCCUACAGCAAACCAGUCAGCCGGACAGGGAGAUAAUAAAUUUAUCAAUGACGUUGAAAAGAAAAUGAAAGCUAACUGGGCGCUGGAGUUCCAUGCAGACAGUAAAGAGAUUUCAGCGAGUGGAAGCGAUUAUUUAGAUGUAAUGAAUGCUACUGAAGGCGAUUCUCCAAAUAUUAAUUACACGACCACAGAGUCUGUGCACUCUGUGACCAGUCCAAAAACUGUGUGGCUUGUGCUCCAGUGGUUCCCACCAAAAUCAUACACAACUUAUGAUGGCUUCAACAUUUACAUCCAAAGGGAAGAGAACCCUGCUGAAGUUUUCACAGUAGAAAAUGACAGUUAUGUUUUCGAGCUGGAACUCCAAGAGGCGGGAAAGUACAACGUCAGUGUAACAACUGUCAGCUCCUUUGGGAUCUGUCCGACUAGAGAGAGCUCAUCCAAGAAAGCCUUGACUUUUUACCUAAGUUCCUCUGGGAAGUGGUUUAAGGAGGUCACUGAAAGCCCUCAGAAUGUUGCUGUGAAGAUACUGAAUUCAAUUACAGCCCAUGUAUCAUGGAUCCACUCGCAAGAAACCAACUACGAUAGUAUUGUGUCGAUCUUAUCUCUGUCCUGUCAGCAGCAAUUAGAGGGGCAGAGAAUUGAGACCCGUUAUUGCUACAAGGUAAAUCUGAGUAGUAACAUCAUUGAAAACCUAAUGCCAGGAGCGUAUUACCAGGUUGUGGUCUACUUGAAAAACGGGCCUGCUGUUGGUCCUCCUUCUCUCCCAAUUACAUUUGGUUUGAACCCAUCAGGAGUGAAGAACCUGAUAUUAUACCCUUUGGGCCCCACAGCAGUAGUGUUGACCUGGAGCAGACCUUACUCUGUGGUGUUUAAAAAGUACGUUGUGGAAAUGUACCAUCAUGAUCCGCUGAACCAAAACUCAAAAUGGAAAACCAUUCAAGAUAUUCCAUUCACAAUUGCCUUAACAACCUCGAUGACUGUGACUAACCUGCAACCAGCUUCACGUUAUGAGUUUCGUGUUACAAUGGUGUCUUGGGGAGAGCCUGAAAUGAGCUGCUGUGAUCGAUCUAUAAUGAGCUACAUAACAGCACCACUAGCUCCAAAGGUUACUUGGCUGGAGUAUUCUAAGAACCUACUUUCUGUUAGCUGGACCUACGGGGAUGUUACAACUGAAGCAUCCAAUUCAACUCUACCUUAUUGGCUUGUUGUGGCUGUUGGACGAAGAAUUAUUAAAAAGAGUGUUCCACACAGCACAAUGACGACUCUGCUUCGAUUACCUCCUGGGGACAUCUAUAACCUAACUGUGGUAGCCUAUACAGAAGGGAGCAGCAACUCCUCAGCACCACAUAUCAUCCAACUCCAGCCCGCUUCUCCCAAGUCACUCUUCGCUGUCAACAAAACACAGACAUCGGUAACACUCCUGUGGGUAGAGGAAGGAGUCAUUGAUCACUACAAGGUCACAUGCAAACGGGUUGGAGCAAGAGAUGAAGGAAAGAAAGAAGAGAUCACAGUUUACUCGCCUAUUGUUACACUAACCAACCUCGUGCCAUCGACCUCCUACAACUGCAGUGUGACUAGUGUCAGUUAUGAGCGUUACAGUGCUCCAGUUUUCAUCACUAUCUCUACAACAGUUACAGAAGUGAAUUCGAACAUGGUCGUAAUCUCUGCCCUUGCAAUUCUGAGUAUCCUGCUCAUAGGACUGUUGCUGAUUACACUGUUUGUUCUACGGCGGAAGCACUUGCAACAUGCCAGGAAUUGUGGAGCAGGAAUAUUUGUCAAUUUCGCCACUUUGGAGAGAGAUGGGAAGUUGCCAUUUAACUGGCGUAGAAGUAUUUUUGCUGUUCUUGCACUGCUCCCAUCAUGCCUUUGGACUGACUAUCUUUUGGCCUUUGGUAUUAACCCUUGGAAUAAAUAUGCACUGAAGAAGAGGAAGUUGGCCAACCCUGUUCAGCUGGACGAUUUUGAAUUAUAUCUCAAGGACAUGGGUAGAGACUCUGAUUACAAAUUCUCUCUGCAGUUUGAGGAUCUCAAGCUUGUGGGUCAGGAUAUUCCCCAUGAUGCAGCUGAACUGCCAGUAAAUCGAUGUAAAAAUCGUUACACUAAUAUCCUGCCGUAUGACUUCAGCCGGGUGAAAUUAAGAUCUCUGCACAGUGAAGAGGGCUUGGACUACAUCAAUGCUAACUACAUCCCUGGGUUUAACUGUGCACGUGAAUACAUUGCAACGCAAGGACCCUUGCCAGAGACAAGAAAUGAUUUUUGGAAAAUGAUAAUGCAGCAGAAGUCAUGUAUCAUCGUUAUGCUUACACAGUGUACUGAGAGGAGACGGGUAAAAUGUGACCAUUAUUGGCCUUUUAAUGAACAGCCUGUUGGUUACGGAGACAUCACUGUUGAAAUGGUCUUUGAAUCAGAGCACUCAGAUCAGUCCGAGGAGACUCAGUCUGAAUGGAUCAUCAGGGAGUUCAACGUCAGCUAUGCAGAUGAAAGUCAGAGAGUAAUUCACUAUAAUUACAUGGCAUGGCCAGAUCAUGGUGUGCCCGGUGCCAAUGCAACAGAGAGCAUCUUACAGUUUGUACAGCUGGUCAGGCAAGAGACAAUGGAGAGACCAGGCCCAAUAGUUGUGCACUGCAGUGCUGGUGUAGGAAGAACAGGAACCUUCAUAGCUCUUGACCGCCUUAUGCAGCACAUCCAGGAGCACGAGUACGUGGAUAUCCUGGGCCUGGUGACUGAGAUGCGUACAUACAGAACAUCAAUGGUUCAGACAGAGGAACAAUACAUUUUCAUUCAUCGGUGUGUGCAACUGAUGUGGAAAAAGAGAAAGCAACACUACGGCAACAGUGACGUGAUAUAUGAGAAUUCUAGGCCAUCCCAGCUAUGAAGCCUGGAAGAUUCCAAACUUUACAGCACACUGCUUUAUUCUAAGCUUCUGGUGCGUCCUGUGCUUGGCUCUAACCACAGAGGAUCAAUGCUAGCAAGAGAGAGAUGAUAAAAGAACAUUUAAAAAAAAAUGCUCUGGAACAAUGCCUUAAAAGUACCUGUAGUGUCUUUGGACUGUUUCCACCAGAAAAUUCAGCGUGGGACCAAAUUCAUCUGAAAAAAAAGAAGUGUUAAAGUAGGUACAAGCAACAACUCCAUAAGGAAGAAAUGAAGUGUAUUGCAUUCCACUGCUCGUGUUCAGUUAACGCACCAUGUUACACAGAUAAACUUUCACUAAACGUCUGCUUUCCUGGAUUCAUCUAGCCUUUCUUAUACAAGCCAAAAAAAACACACUUUAAACUAAAUGGUAAAAACUGUGAAGUGAGUGAGGAAUUCAUGGAAUUAUUGUAUUUAUGCAAUAAAGAACAUUUGCAUCAGAGAUUGGUGAUUAAGAGGAUUUAUCUGGCAUUGCAGAUCCAAGAAAUAUUCCUCAAUAAUGCACAUACUGUUAAUUAUAAUUGGUGUUGUGUAAUGCAUUGUGUCUUGACAGUUUCAUUGUGUUGCAGAUGAGGUAAAAUUCACUGUUUUCAUUUAGCAGUUACAAUAAUUAUUUUUCCAAGCUCUAAAAAGAACAAUCAUUGCACGACUACACAUAAAAUUGGAGCUUUAAAUACAAAUGAAAUGAGGGAGAAAAGAAUGCUGAUGUGAAUUUAAAUAAAAUUUAAUCAUGCAAAAUAUUUUAUUUUACAAAAGGUGCAAAGAUGCUAUUGUUUAGCUAGUGAAUUGUCACAGGAAAUUUACUCCCCAGAAGUAAAAAAUUACACAAGACAGUUGAAGGCAAGGUUCGACACAGUGAUUAAGAACCACAUUCCUAUAGCAGAGAGCAAACCUGUUAAUAUAGUUACCAGGUUAGAAUUCCAAUUGUCAGUGAAGUACCAGUGAGUAGAGUACCAGUUGAUCAGAUUUGCACCAUUUUGAAAAGAAUUUUAAAAUUUUUCUUCGAAAGCGCAAAAGUGUGUAGUCAUGUGUAAAAAUCAUAGGAUGUUACCCCAUAGCAAAUCUCUAGCCGUAAACUAUUUGUGGUUCAGAAACAAGAUAUCUACAAAUGCAUCUUAAGAGUACCUUAUAAAGAACUCCAAAUUAAGUGGAACAACCAGAUAUUGCACAGCAUUUGGUUGAGUUUUGACUAUAUUCUAUAAACACAGUACAACAUUUUUUUUUUUUUUUUUUUUUUUUUAAAAAAAGUUUUCAGUGAGGCAGAAGAGACCAAGUCAUUUGCAUUGACAUACCUGUGACCUGUUGCUCAGGCCCAAACCAGAAAUGCACCAUCAUACAAAAAUACCAAAAGCAACAUGCCAUUUCUGAAUUUGUGUGCUUAAAUGAAUAUUCAGAAAAACAUGCAGCACUUGUUCCGCUGUUUGUCACUUUUGUACCAUUCAUAAAUCAUAUUUGUACAUUAAAUCUUUGUAUAAUAGUUUCUCUAAUUUAUUUUUUUUGGUGGCUUGCUGUAGUGUAGACUUUUCAGCUUUGAAUUGUACCAGUAUUUGGAAUGCACCAAUAUAAGAAACCCUCUCUGACAAUAAAUCAUUAAUUUGCA